AUGGGUUGGGAUGACCCAUCUAUUGUCUCAAACACCAAUGACUAUGUUGCAGAACACUGGAAGGAAAAUGAAUUUUAUGGAUUCCAGUUUCUGAAUGCAGUCAACCCCAAUGUGAUCAAGCGCUGCUCAGAGCUUCCCUCAAACUUUCCAGUCACUGAAGAAAUGGUGAAGCCUUUCCUGGAAGAAGGAAGCUCUCUGCAGAAGGAAAUGGAGAAAGGCCAUAUUUUCAUCUAUGACCAGAAGAAGAUGGAUGGAAUACCAACUAGAGUCUGUAAUGGUGAAUCUCUGCACGUGGCUGCUGGACUCUGUUUGUUCUACCUGAACCCCAAAAACAAACUGAUGCCAGUCGCAAUACAGCUGCAACAACAACCCUCUGAGGAGAACCCCAUCUUUCUGCCAAGUGACCUGGAGACGGACUGGCUGCUCGCCAAGAUGUUUAUCAAAAAUGCAGAUGCCAUGGAUCAUCAAGCAGUCCAUCAUCUCAUGAAUACUCACUUCCUGACAGAAGUCUAUACUAUGGCCACUCUCCGCUGCUUUCCUGAGAUUCAUCCCCUUUACAAGCUGCUGUUUCCACACUUUAGGUACACUCUGCAUAUAAAUACUGGAGGCCGCAACACUCUAUUUGGACCUGAUGGAACUCUAAGCACAAGUUCUCUUGGAUACAACGGGAUGAUAGAGCUCAUGAGAAGGUCUCUCUCUGAGCUGACCUAUAGCUCCCUCUGUCUACCAGAGAACAUCACUGCACGAGGACUGGAGUCCAUCCCGAACUUCUACUACAGAGAUGAUGGCCUGAAGCUAUGGACCAUCAUCAACAGAUUUGUGAAAGCAGUAGUGGAGUACUAUUAUCCCUCAGAUGAUGAGGUCAGUAAAGACACUGAGCUGCAGGAAUGGAUCAGUGAAAUAUUUACACAUGGCUUCUUAGGAAACAAAGCAUCAGGGUUUCCAGAAAGCUUUCAUGCAGUCAGUGAAGUGACCAAGUUCAUCACCAUGGUGAUAUUCACAGCGACAGGUCAACAUUCUGCAGUCAACAAUGGACAGUUUGACUACUGCUCCUGGAUACCCAAUUGCCCACUCCUGCUGCACAAACUUCCUCCAACCACAAAGGGCCAGUCAAGCAUGACAACAAUUUUGGAGAGUCUACCGAAUGUUGGAGAGACAGUCAGCUGGGCAGCUCUGCUUCACCUGCUUUCAGAGACAUACUCUGACACGGUUCUCUUGGGCACAUACCCCGAAGAGCGAUUCGAUGAGCUUGCUCCUAAGCAGAUGAUGAAGAAAUUUCAAGAAGAGUUGUCCCACCUCAGUGAAACUAUUGCGACAAGAAACUCAAAGCUUGAAAUACCCUACACAUAUCUGGAUCCUGCAUAUGUAGAGAACAGUAUAACCAUUUAAGAAAAUCUGAGAGAGCCAAUGUGCAUAUAACGGCAGUAUCCAUACAGUUCUCAGAGGCUGUCUUGACUGCUGGCAGAUGUGUUACACUUUGAAUUUAAAAAAAAGGUGAGGUUUUAGAGACAUUGAGGCGUUGCAUGCUGAGAUUGGAGGACUAUAUUUUAGUUGUAUCAUGAUAAAUGGGUCAGCUGUUUAACACGGAGAGUAAUAUAGCUUCAAAGUUACUUUGGCAAUCAAUUAUCAAUCAGGGUGUGGUAUUCGCAAAUUCAUGUAAUCAGAGAAUUUUUAUUUCAUUAAUUAGAAAUGCAUGAUUACUGAUAUCAAAAUAAAGGAGAACUAUUGUGUG